AUGGAUCAGGGCUUUCCUGCUGAUGAUAUCGCACCGAUCGCCAUCCUAAUGGAUGAGUUGCGUUCGGACGAUGUUCAAUUAAGGCUAAAUGCUAUUCAUAGCAUCCCAACUAUUGCACUUGCGCUGGGCCCGGAUCGUGCGCGGGAGGAGUUGGUUCCAUUCCUCCAAGAUUCUAUCGACGAUGAAGACGAGGUUUUGCUUGCACUGGCGGAGGAACUGGGGAGAAACUUUGAAGAGUAUAUAGGCGGGAAAGAGCACGCUCAUUUACUUCUUGGACCACUAGAAAAUCUCUCGACGGUAGAGGAGACACUGGUCCGCGAUAAGGCAGCUGAAUCCAUUACUAAGAUAGCCGCCAUGCUCUCUCCUACCCAGAUAGAAGACCAUUACGUUCCAUUGUUGAAACGCCUCUCACAAGCAGAGUGGUUCACAUCUCGAACAUCAUCUGCUGCACUUUACCCCGCCAUAUACGAUAAGGUUUCACCGGCCAUUCAGGAGGAGUUACGGAAAGGAUUCGCGUCACUUGGCUCCGACGAUACGCCCAUGGUACGGCGUGCAGCUGCCAAAUGGCUUGGGCCCUUACUUACUCGCUAUCAAAAAUCUCACAUUAUAUCGGAUGGGCUACCUGUCUACCGAAGACUGGAGUCUGAUGACCAGGAUUCUGUUCGCUUGCUGACAAUUCAAGGCUUGAUCGUGAUCGCUAAGGGGAUGUCGCCUUCGGAAGUUAAAGAACAGUUGCUGAAACAGAUCAAGCAUAGCAUCGGGGACAAAAGCUGGCGUGUAAGAUACAUGGCCGCCACUCAUUUCAACGAGCUCGCUGAAGCCGUCGGUAUCGAGCUUGUGCGGGAAGAGUUGCUGGGUCAAUAUGUUCAGCUGCUGAAAGAUAACGAAGCAGAAGUGAGACGUGCGGCCUCGAGCCAGAUACCAGGUUUCUCAAAAUUGCUCGACAAGGAGGUUAUUCUGGCGCGAAUAAUUCCCUGUGUUCGUGACUUGUCGCAAGACUCAUCUCAACAUGUCCGAGCUGCACUCGCUACUCAAAUCAGUGGUUUAGCUCCUCUGCUGGGACGCGAAUCUACCAUCGAACAGCUCCUACCCCUUUUCCUUACCCUCUUGAAGGAUGACUUCCCAGAUGUUAGAUUGAAUAUAAUCAGUAAGCUAGAGAUUGUUGAUUCCGUUAUUGGUAUCGACCUUCUCUCUCAAAAUUUACUUCCCGCGAUUGUCGAACUUGCAGAAGAUAAAUCCUGGAGAGUGCGACAAGCCAUAAUCGAGUAUAUACCCCCUCUGGCAAAACAGCUCGGUAGAACAUUUUUUGACGAACAGCUGGGAAACCUCUGCAUGUCGUGGUUGGGUGACACGGUUUUUAGUAUUCGGGAAUCCGCGACGCAUAACUUGAGGAAGCUCACUGAGGUUUUUGGUUUCGAUUGGGCAAAGGUUGCCAUUGUACCGAAGGUGAUGGGAAUGGGCCAGCAUCCAAAUUAUCUUUUCAGGAUGACCACCGUACAAGCAAUUACGAUAAUCGCUCCUUCCUUGAACCUAGAUAUCGUCCAAUCGGAUAUCAUAGAACCGCUGCUCCAACUAGCUUCCGAUCCUAUCCCUAAUAUUCGUUUUAACGUUGCAACAGCCCUCGAGACUCUGGCGAUCACGUUCGGUACAACUUCCCAAGGCCCGGACUUUGUGCGACAGAAGGUGGUCCCCGCAUUGGAACAACAGAAAAAUGAUCAAGAUGCAGAUGUACGAUACUAUGCGGCUCGUGCCCUUCAGAAGGCAUUAAACUUGCAGACUUGA